AUGGAUGCUGCUGGAACUCAUAGAAAAUCUUUUGACCAAACCGAGAUUAAUUGGGAUAAGCUUGAUAAGACCAAAUUCUAUGUUGUUGGAGCUGGGAUUUUUACUGGACUUACUGUUGCACUUUAUCCAAUUUCGGUUGUGAAGACCAGGAUGCAGGUUGCUUCACAUGAUGCUAUAGAAAGAAAUGCAUAUUCUGUCAUCAAAGGUCUACUAAAAACAGAUGGGAUUCCCGGUUUAUAUAGAGGUUUUGGCACAGUCAUUACGGGAGCAAUACCUGCUAGAAUUAUAUUUCUCACUGCGUUAGAGACUACGAAAGUGGCUUCUUUCAAGAUGGUGGAACCAUUCAAAUUAUCAGAGCCUACACAGGCAGCUAUAGCAAAUGGAAUUGCUGGCAUGUUGGGAUCUCUUUGUUCACAAGCCGUGUUUGUUCCAAUUGAUGUGGUUAGUCAAAGGUUGAUGGUGCAAGGAUAUUCUGGCCAUGCUACUUAUAAUGGUGGCCUGGAUGUUUCUCGUAAGAUACUAAAAUCUGAUGGAAUUAGAGGAUUUUAUAGAGGAUUUGGUCUCUCUGUUAUGACCUAUUCCCCAUCUAGUGCUGUAUGGUGGGCCAGUUAUGGCUCAAGUCAGCGCUUAAUUUGGAGGUUCUUAGGUUAUGGCACUGAGCAUGAUGGACCUGCUCCAACUCAAGGGACCAUUAUGUUGGUACAAGCUGGGGGAGGGAUUUUCGCGGGUGCUACUGCAUCCUGCAUCACAACGCCAUUGGACACUAUCAAGACUCGCUUACAGGUGAUAGGGCAUGAAAAGAAACCCACUGCUAGACAAGUAGUUAAAAAUUUGAUGGCUGAGGAUGGAUGGCCAGGCUUAUAUAGAGGUUUGGGCCCGAGAUUUUUCAGCAUGUCUGCAUGGGGAACUACAAUGAUACUGGCCUAUGAGUAUCUAAAGCGCUUGUGCGUGAAAGAUGAUUAG